AUGGAGGCGGAGUUCGCGUCGGCCUCGUAUGUUAGGCGAGAAUUGCUAGGACUGAGAGAGUCAAUGCGCAAGAUUGAAUUUAAAGUGGGUGCCCCAAUGUCAUUGUUCAUAAAAAACCAGGCUGCUAUCAGAAAGCUGGAGAAUGAAGGAAGUAUGUCGAGUGUCAAGCACGUUGAUGUGCGCAUGAAGUUUAUAUGCGAUUAUGCGAGGAGGGACAACGUAAAAUCGACGUUUGUGGAAUCGCUCAAUACGAAGGCGGACUUGCUGACAAAAUUAUUGCCGGCGCCACCGAUUACAGAACUACGAAAGCUGUUCAAUCAGCUGUAG